AGCGCGCACUGGGAGAGGAGGAGGAGGAGGAGGCCUAGCCUGCCCUGGGACCCUGCCCACUCCUUUAAGUCAGCCAGGUAGUUAAUCAGAACAGGAUCAGCACCUGUGUCCUCUACAGCCUUUCGAUGGAUCCCAUCCGACCGCCAUUUAGGGGCCCUUCUCCUGUCUACCCAUCUCAAUGUGUUCGGAUGCCAGGCUGUUGGCCACAAGCUCCUAAACCUUUGGACUCAGCCCUGGUCAGUGCAGGACCUGCAGGCAGAGGCUAUGUAUUUGGAAAGCCAGAGGAACCAAGCACAGAGAAUGGGCCAACGCGAAGGGAAUCUGUGGGUUUGGUCUCCAUGUUUCGAGGUCUGGGUCUCGAGACAGUGUCCCAAACCCCUCUAACACGAGAAGUACCUCCUUUAGGUAGAGGCAUUUUAGGUCGAGGGUUGUCUGCUAAUAUGGGGCGCAGGGACAGAGAAGAACCUCGUCCUGCUUUUCCGGAUCCUUCAGUAUUGGCAGCUGGGGACAGCAAGAUGGCAGAGGCCUCUGUUGGUUGGAAGAGAAUGCUUGGAAGAGGAAGUUCAGAAGCUUCUUUAUUACCAUUAGGAAGAGCAGCUGGGGGUAUAGGCAGAGGAGUGGACAAGCCUCCCAGUGCAUCCAGCCUCACUUUCCGGAAUCACCCACGGCUGUCAUCACCACCUCUGCCCCAGUCCUCUCUCCACUCUCCAGAUCAUCCUCUGGUCCUGACUGCAGAGCACAAGGAAAAAGAGCUUUUGGUGAAGCAGGGAUCAAAAGGAACACCUCAAUCUUUGGGACUGAACCUCAUCAAAAUACAGUGUCAUAAUGAAGCAGUUUAUCAAUAUCAUGUGACUUUCAGCCCCAAUGUGGAGUGCAAAAGCAUGAGGUUUGGCAUGUUGAAGGACCAUCAAGCUGUCACCGGAAACGUCACUGCUUUUGAUGGAUCUAUUCUCUAUCUGCCUAUCAAGCUUCAACAAGUUCUUGAUUUAAAAAGUCAAAGGAAAACUGAUGGUGCCACGAUCUGCAUUAAGAUUCAGUUGACAAAGAUCCUGGAGCCCUGUUCUGACUUGUGCAUUCCCUUCUACAAUGUUGUUUUCCGUCGGGUAAUGAAACUUUUAGAUAUGAAGGUUGUGGGGAGAAACUUCUAUGACCCUACAAGUGCUAUCAUACUACAGCAACACAGGUUAGUGAUCUGGCCAGGCUAUGCAGCUAGCAUCCGGAGGACAGAUGGAGGGCUCUUCCUGCUAGCUGAUGUCUCCCAUAAAGUCAUUCGGAACGAUUCUGUGCUGGAUGUCAUGCAUGUCAUGUAUCAGCAGAACAAAGAAAACUUCCAGGAUGAGUGUACUAAGCUUCUGGUUGGCAAUAUUGUUAUCACCCGAUACAACAAUCGUACGUAUCGUAUUGAUGAUGUGGAUUGGAAUAAGACUGCAAAAGAUAGCUUCACAAUGUCUGAUGGGAAGGAGAUCACAUUCUUGGAAUACUACAGCAAAAACUAUGGGAUCACAGUUAAGGAAGAGGACCAGCCACUGCUGAUCCACAGGCCCACUGAGAGGCAGAAUAACCGUGGGACGGUGAGUGGGGGCAUCAGGCUUAUACUUCCAGCUCAAGUUCUUCAUCCUAUCAGCCACUUUUAAGUCUUCCUUGCGGCUCUGCAGGAGCCGUGGCGCAGUGAUUUUCUAGCAAAAAAAGAUUUGACCCAGCAGAUCAACCUGAGCCCCAAACAGCACCAUGGUGCUUUGGAAUACUUGCUACAGAGAAUUUCAAAGAAUGAGACAGCCAGCAAUGAACUGACACGUUGGGGGCUCAGUCUGCAAAAGGAUGUACAUAAGAUUGAAGGACGUGUUCUACCAAUGGAAAGAAUUAACUUAAGAAAUACUUCAUUUAUCACGUCUCAGGAGCUAAACUGGGUUAAAGAAGUAACCAGAGAGCCUUCCAUCUUGACUAUCCCCAUGCAUUUCUGGGCACUCUUUUACCCAAAGAGAGCAAUGGAUCAGGCCCGAGAACUGGUUAACAUGUUAGAGAAGGUAGCUGGCCCCAUUGGUAUGCGCAUGAGCCCACCCGCCUGGGUUGAACUCAAGGAUGACCGAACAGAGACCUAUGUCAGAACCAUUCAGUCCAAGCUGGGAGUUGAGGGAAAGAUACAGAUGGUUGUUUGCAUCGUCACAGGCACACGAGAUGAUCUCUAUGGGGCCAUCAAGAAGCUGUGCUGUGUGCAGUCCCCAGUGCCCUCCCAGGUCAUCAAUGUUCGAACCAUUGGUCAGCCCACCAGGCUUCGGAGUGUGGCCCAGAAAAUUCUACUUCAGAUUAACUGUAAAUUGGGUGGUGAGCUCUGGGGAGUGGAUAUCCCUCUGAAACAAUUAAUGGUGAUCGGGAUGGAUGUUUACCACGACCCCAGCAGAGGCAUGCGCUCCGUGGUUGGCUUCGUUGCAAGCAUCAAUCUCACCUUCACAAAAUGGUAUUCACGAGUGAUAUUCCAGAUGCCUCACCAGGAGAUUGUGGAUAGCCUGAAGCUGUGCUUGGUGGGCUCCUUAAAAAAGUUUUAUGAGGUGAACCACUGUCUACCAGAGAAGAUCGUGGUGUACCGUGAUGGAGUGUCUGAUAAAGACAAAAAGGAAAAGCAUGUCAUGUAUCAGCAGAACAAAGAAAACUUCCAGGAUGAGUGUACUAAGCUUCUGGUUGGCAAUAUUGUUAUCACCCGAUACAACAAUCGCCCACUGAGAGGCAGAAUAACCGUGGGACAGCACUUUGUGACUCCUUCCCCUGGGACAGUGGUAGAUCAUACAAUAACAAGUUGUGAGUGGGUGGAUUUCUACCUUGUUGCCCAUCACGUACGGCAGGGCUGUGGCAUUCCUACACAUUAUGUCUGUGUUCUCAACACUGCAAACCUGAGCCCUGAUCACAUGCAGAGGUUGACUUUCAAACUGUGCCACAUGUACUGGAAUUGGCCUGGUACCAUUAGAGUUCCAGCUCCUUGCAAGUAUGCCCACAAGCUAGCUUUCCUGUCAGGACAAAUCUUGCAUCACGAGCCAGCCAUCCAGCUGUGUGAGAACUUGUUCUUCCUGUGAGUGCACAGCCUGCCUGUCAGCCGGUGAGGAAGGGUCAGACUUUUGGACUCAGCCAUGACUCUUCCAGAACCAACAGACUGAAGUGGACUUUUGUGUUGGCGUUUUCUCGUUCUCCAAUUCUGUAGAAUAAGAUUUCUAUUUUUCUUCUUUUUUUCUUUUAGACGUGGUAUCACCAAGAGCAAAUUUCUAAGUAUCAGCUAGAAAUGCUGUGCUGCCUUUUAGAGCAGUUGGCAGUAGCAUGCUGCUGUGCAGAUGGAGUGGUUGAGUACGGGGGAACCACUAAGAGCCUCCCAAGCUAACAUGAGCUGUGCAAACCUGCAGAAGUAGUGAUUACACCUAUAAACCAUGCUUACUAAGCAGUUCCCAUUUCUGGCACCAGAGGUGAUAAUGAAUGAAGUCAUCACAAGAUUCUUAAAGUAGAGAGGUACUUUAUUUGGCCAACUGGGAAACUUAAUAGAAAGGCCUGUGAAGCAAAAUUUUUCAAAUAGAUAUUGCUAUUGCUGGCAGGUAUGAAGACGUGUCAUAAAACCAGCUUGUGGUAUAGUCAGGUCCUUGCUGACUUAAUCUUCUCUGGGGAUUAAGUUUAUGAUGCCUAUGACCUGAGUCGGAUUUGAAAGUGGCUUUCAGUUAUUCCUUGGCCUCUUGAGAGAGUCCAGUUGAAGUUUUUUCUGUAUCUUUUAGUUAUGUUACACUGUAUAACAUGUUGAUUUCUCCCCUCCCACCCAAAUACAUACACACACCCACACCCACGCACCCACCCCUUUGCUCUUUGUAACUGAUCUUCAGUAAGUUUCAGGUUUGUUUUUUUUGGCAGGGUGGCUGGCCAGAACAAGGAUCAGACCCUGGACCUUGGCAUUAUCAGCACCACACUCUAACCAACUGAGCUAACCAGCCAGUGCCUUAGUCUCAGUUUUUGAAGUAACAAUCAGAACACGGGGAAAAAUAUUCAGCAGCUAGGAAGCUUCAGGAUGGGUUGUGAGUUUUUAUUGAAUCUUUCUUCCAGGUGUGUGGCCUUCAUUUCUGUUUAUAUAUGUUUAUAAAUGGAAUUACUCAUCUUUCUUGCAUAACAACCUCUUCCCGGCUGUUGGCUCACUUUGCUAGGAAUUUUUCUGAAUCCGGGUUAAUAUUUUCAGAAGUCAGCUUUGGAAAACGUGACACUCCUACCAAAGUCCGGAUGUUACAGUUUAGAAAGUUGUCAACCAUGCCUGUGGAUUUUAGUGUUUGGGGGAAGCACUGUUUUUCUGUGGGUUUUUUUUUUUCCCUCUCCCCCUAUUUUAAAAUCAUCUUCUAAUCCCUUCAGGCUUAAUUCUAUCUUAUCUUGCUUUACUGGAUUUUAAAAGCCAGUCUUAUUUAACUUUUUCAAAUUUGUAUUUUUUUUUUUUUUUUUGGUGAUGGCAGGGAAGGGGACAAGGUAACAAAUACCAUUUUAUAAGGACAGUGUGUGAGAAGAGAAACUUUAGCUUAAAACUCCUUAGAAGAAGAAAAGCAAGAGAAUUUUUAGUUAGUUGCAGCACCAGCAGAGGUUGAGGAGAGAUGAGGAUUGUUGGCCUUUAAGUGUAUUUCUGGUUUUGUUUGGAGUGUGGGACUCACAGGGUAAGGCUAAGACCUGAAAUUUUAAAAUGAUGGACUCAAACAAAUUGAAUCACUGGUCUCUGGCUUAACAGAUUAGUUUUCUGAUUUUCUUUAGCAGCAUUUUGAAUUUCUCUUUUGAAGUUGGAUUUCCUAAUACUCUCUUUCUCUUAGAUAAUCAGAACAAAUACUUGAAUAUAAUACAAAAAUUUCUUCACUUUUUAUUCCUAGUUUUCUUGCCUUGUUUUUUGGUUUUAGUGCCAAAUGAUUGGGUCAUGGGGUGUGAAAUAAAAAGAAAAUUUGUAUAAA